UUGGCUGUCAGGCCGACCAAUGACGGAAGAUUACCAGUAGAGCUCUCCACUGUGACGGGAGAAGAAUUGUUUUGUAAAUAAUUAUUAUUAGGUAACGAGAUUACAGUAGAUAUAUACCUACACGAUCUUGAAAUGCAAUAAAUAUUCGUGUGCAUACACCUAAGAGCAUUUUCGGAAGAAACUCGAAAAACCUUUGCUAGUGCAAUGUCAGACGACGGUGCCGAUCUUUGCGAAUGCUUAUGCAGCCAUGAAUUAGCGAUGAGGCGCCUGCUGUCACUGCUGCGGCAGUCGCAGGCGUACUGUACGGACAAUGAAUGCUUUCAAGAAUUACCCGGUGGACCACCAACAAAUUCAAAUAGCUUUAUGAUGAUGCUUGUUCUCUGGAUUGCUGUAGCAGUGAUAUUGUUCACACUACGACCAAAUUCACUUCGAAGCCAAGUUGAGAAGCCUAAAAACAAUGAUUCUGGCCCCACAGGAAGUCCACCAACUCCACCUCCAACAACUAACUGAAAAAUAGAUCUGAGUUAUAUGCUAUCUCCUUUUUUGAGAACUAAUAUUUAUCUGAAUGAAAAGAUCUGAUUGUAGCUUUACUUUGUAUUGUUUCAUAUACAAUUUGUGUUUGCAAGAUGGAGUUGAUGUACUCCAUUGUUCCAGCACUGAAAGACAUGAUUUUUCUUUGCACAGAUGAUAAAACAUACUUAACUAGGAAGUUUAAUUUUAAUAAUUUUCACUUUUGAAGUUUAUUAAUGUGCAACAUCAUGUUGUGUAUUGGAUUAGUUCAUAUAUAUAUUUCUGAAAUAUAUAUCUGUUGUUAAAAUAUUAACAUUGUAAAAUAUUUUAUAAAUUCAGUUACAUCAUUUAUAAAGUGCAGGUGUUGUAACAUUUAAUGUAUAAACCUGUGUAAAUUACUCAAAGUAAAUAAAAAUGAGUUUAAUGGUGCUA